CCACCGCUUGUCUUCCCGCUAGAUGGCGGUACAACUUGUGCUCUCGCGUUAUCUUCCUACCCGCUUUUGCGCAGUCGAGGAAGUGAAGAUGGCAGCCGCCGUGAAGGGACCUGUCGCGGUCGAAGACGUUAACGUCACUUUUGAAGAUCAGCAGAAGAUCAAUAAAUUCGCCCGGAACUCGAGUCGGAUGUCGGAACUCAAGAGUGAAAUAGAGGCAAAGAAAAAAUCGCUUCAGAACUUACAGGACGCCAGCGACGACCUCAUGAUGUUGGACGACGACUGUCAGUUGAUCCCUUAUCAAAUCGGUAACGUGUUUGUCAGCCACACCCAGGAGGAAACGCAAGACAUGCUGGAGACGGCUAAGAAAGCACUGGAGCAGGAGGUCGGAGGCCUCGAGGAGAAAGUGUCAGGGAUACAGCAAGUGUUGGGGGAUCUGAAGAUCCAGCUCUACGCCAAGUUCGGUAACAACAUUAACCUGGAGGCAGAUGAAAGCUGAGCAGUGAAAUGGACUUUGACAGUUUCGCCAACACAGACUUUUUCAUGCAGCUCUCGUGUCACAUCCGCAGGACGUUUGCCAAACCGAGCAUCAGCAGCUUAGGUUUGUAGCUUCUGGCUUUUGUUAACACAGAUGAUAUUCACAAAGACACAAAGGUAAAAAUAAAUAAAUACACAUC